AUGUCAGAAACAUUGUGUCCUGAUAUUUGGUCGUACUUUGCUAAUUUUCUUACCUCUAACCGAAAUGAUGAGGGAAUCAAAUUGCCAUUAUGUAACAAUACUGAUAAACUAAUUGAUUUUUUGAAUCUCACUAGUGACUGUUGCUCUAAUGGACAUGUUUCACUACCACAACCAACUGUCACAAAAACCAAAGGUAAUGAUGAAACUAGUACACUUGCUUCCUCAGUUAUCCUGUCAGCAACACAUACUACUCCCAGCACUGUAGUAGCACCAGAAUUGACUGUAUCUUCAUCAAUGGACAUUCCUAGUGCUUCUUCAUUUAGAUUGACAUCUGUUAUAAUUCCAUUAGCAGUAACUUUCCCAAUAGUUUUACUGGUAGUAUUUAUUGCAGUGUCAUUUAUUGUCUGUUUGACUAAGAGGAGAAGAAAAAUAAAGGAAAAGAAGAUAAUACUGCAUGAAACUCAACUUGUCCCGAGGCCUUCAUUAUCUCCUGAUAGCAGUAGAAACAACAUUUAUAAUUCCAAGAAGCCAAUUGAUAUCUCAUUAACAUACAUGAAUCAGUUAUCAGGUCAUAUAAUAUCAGGAUCAUUCAUUCAAAUACAAGAAACUGUUGGACAAGGUGAAUUUGGUAUAGUGUAUCGUGGUGUAAUGACAAAUAAUACUCAAUUGCCAAAAGCAGUAUCUGUAAAAACAUUAAAAGGUUUUUAUAAAGAGAGUGAUAUUGAUUCAUUACUGGAUGAGUGCAUUAUAAUGAUGUCAUUUGAUAAUUUAAAUGUAUUACCACUGAUUGGUGUGUGUCUUGAUCUUGGACCAGCUCCAUACAUUAUCAUGCCUUUCAUGUCAAGAGGAAGUUUAUUGUCUUACCUCAAGAAAGAGAGACCUAAUCUUACAGUAGCUGAUACCAGUGAAGAGGAUAUUAUACUGAAUGUCAGGAAACAGUUACUCUCCAUUUGUUUACAAGUUGCCAAAGGAAUGUCUUACUUAGCUUCACAGAGGUUCAUUCAUCGUGAUCUUGCUGCUAGAAAUUGCAUGAUGCUAUCUUGUUGGUCUGAGUCUCCUACUGAUAGGCCAGAGUUCAGUGAAUUGGUUUCUUCAAUAAAUGCACUCAUUGAACCAUUGGCUGGCUACCUCGAUUUUACUGACAUUAAUAAUACUUGUACUGUAAAAGAAUCUGAUGUUUAUGACUAGAUCUAUUAAUGUAUUUUUUGUAGAAUGUAUAAUUUGAAACAUCCUGA